UCUGUAAUGUCAGCGGAACAGGAGAAGGACCCCAUCGCGCUGAAGAGAUCCCGAGGUGGUGACAGUGGAUUGGAUGGGUUAGGAGGACCAGGAGUACAGCUUGGAAGCCCUGAUAAGAAAAAGCGCAAAGCAAAUACGCAGGGAUCAUCAUUUCCUCCUCCAUCUGAAUAUGCUCCACCGCCGAAUCCAAGCUCUGACCACCUUGUAGCUGCAAAUCCAUUUGAUGACAACUAUAAUACUGUGUCUUAUAAACCACUUCCUUCAGGAAAUCCAUAUUUUAGUAAUCCUGGUUAUCCUGGCUUUGGAGGCUAUAACACUUUCAGAAUGCCACCUCACAUGCUGCCCAGAGUGUCCUCGCCCUAUGGUGGUUCUUACUCCCUCAGAAACCAGCCACAUCCCCUUCCUCAAAACCCUGUGGGAAUGGGUUUUAGCCGACCCCACUCUUUCAGCUUUGGUCCGCAUGAUAACCCAAGUUUUGGGAAUCAACCACCUUAUAGUAGUGGUCAUAUAAAUCAAAACGUCAAUAUGCCUGGUCAGCAUUUCAGACCAAAUCCUGGUGAGAACUUUGGCCAUUCUGGUCAGAUACCUCACCCUGAUGUGCCAUCUAACUUUGGUCCUGGAAACAAUCCAAGUUUCCCAAAUUCUCAGCUAGAGUCAAACCAUUCUUUUGUUCCUCCACCAAACACGUACAACCAGACAAAAUCAUCUGCACAAAAGCAAGACUUUAGUCAAGGUGCAAGCAAAGCAUCCAGCCAGAACACUGCUGCUCAUCAGCAUCAUCACAGGUCAGAGGACAUUGUAAGUCAAGGUAACAGCGACCUAAAAAGUGUUACUCGAAACAAUGUGGUAAAUCAGGAAAAUAGCCAUUCUAAUAGUGCUGAUAACACUAAUGCUGGUCAUUCAAAUGGGACUCAGAGUAAGUCCCGCCAGCCUCGAGGUACUACUGAAGGAUGCAACUCUGAAAAGAGCAGCAAAACACCCCUUCAUCCCAGUCGUCAUGGUCACUCGUCCUCUGAACCCGUCUAUCCAUGUGGAAUUUGUACACAUGAAGUUAACGAUGACCAGGAUGCCAUCCUGUGUGAAGCUUCUUGUCAAAAAUGGUUUCAUCGGAUCUGUACAGGCAUGACUGAGUCAGCUUAUGGCCUUCUUACAGCAGAAGCGUCAGCAGUAUGGGGUUGUGAUACUUGCAUGGCUGACAAGGAUGUCCAGUUAAUGCGUACAAGAGAGACUGCAGGACCACCUGCAUUGAAUACGGAUGGCUAACAAUGUGUGGUAGUGGUUGAAAUACUUGUGAUGCAGAUUUGGUUACAAAUUGGGUACUUCAUGUUCUGCAGACAAUCAGUUGCGUUUCAUUGCUGUCAUCUUUUUUUCCCUAAUCUCUUUUAAUUCAUAAACUUCCAUCUCAGUUUUUGUACUCUUAGUUUUAUGUGUGCAAAUGUUUUACAGGAUGGAAUAUUUUUUGUUUCUGAUUAACUGUAAAACAUAACUGACAACUGAUCAGAAGUAGGAUGUGCAUUGGCAAUUUUACUGAAGGCAAAUAUGUGCCUGUAUGAAUAGCCACUAAUUUGCUAGUGUUAAUGUGUUAACUGACACCAGCAUUUAGUGCUUGGUUUUAAUGGUACUGUAUUUGCAAGUACUCAUUAAAUUAUUUUUUUGGGGGGUGAGUGUCCAUUACUGAUGUUCUUGCUAUCCUUUGAAUAUGGUGGAGAUGACAUGGAGGAAUGUGCAGUACUGAUAGUUUUUAUUUUAGGGUAAAUACAGAGAAUUCCGUAUGUGCUUUUUCCUAUUU